AUGAUCAAACUUCGUUUAAUCUUGGUUGUCAUUAUGGUUUUUGCAAUUACUAUCGCUGUUGCUCUACCGAUACCUUCUCUUGAUGAUGAUGAUGGUAGCGGCUUUCGAGGCACCACGACUUGCAAAAACAGCAGAAAAAGGUGUAUACUUCUCAAUACCGGCGGCGGACAUCACGGAAAUACUAAUGAUGAUAACCCAGACACUGCCGCCAUUUAG